AUGGACGCAGGCGGUCUAGCUCAAAUGUCUUCAAAUUCCUUCACUCCGGCCCAUGGGCUGUCCAUGCCUACGAGUGGUCUCGCUUCCCGUCGAGGCGGCCAGACUAUCAAGCCUCUGUCCUUUGAUGCCGCGAAGCAAAACAACGUCAGCAGAGACGGCAGUGCACCGACGCCUCGGACCAGUCGAUCUCACCUCCUCGCCGGUCUUCGAACAGCUCCCAAGUCGGCCGCGGCUGCCACCUUUGGCCCCGGACCUCUGUCGCCUACCGUCAAUGCCACCCCCCAGCAAUACGCACAACACGGCAUGGUCGCCAACCUCUAUGGUUAUGGGCAAGACAAUGCUUACAGCGCCGCCCCAAAGACUGCUUUUCCCCAGUUCUCGCCCCCCCCCGAGCUUGCCAUGGACGAUCAAGCCCAGGAGCACAUGGACCCCAGUCUUUACGCCCAACUCGUGGCUACCAACAUGUACCUCGCCCAGCAGCAGCAGAGACUUCAGCAGCAGCUCAGGAGUGUCCAGGCCGCCGCGCAGCAGUUUCAGCAGCUCAACAUGAGCAACUCUCAGCUCACCCAGCAGCAAAUGGCCUUGUACGAGCAACAGCAGCAACUGCGAAACAUGCAGCAACAGGUUGGGAUGCAGGCCGCCAUGAAUCAAGGGCAGCAGAUUUACUACAGCCCGGUGACUGGCCAAUACUACGUCGACACGUCGUCGGCCAAUGCUGCUCAGGUCAACUCUCACUACGCUGAGCAGCCCCUGUCGCCCACCUACAUCAACGGAUUCCAGCAGCAGCAGCAACAACAACAGCAGCAGCAGGUUUUCCAGCAGAAGCAGAAGCAGAAGCAGCAGAAGCAGAAGCAGCAGCAGCAGCAGCAGCAGCAGCAGCAGGAGGCUCAGCAAAAGAAUCAGCAGGCCCAGCAAGGAACUCCCAGAGUGCAGGUGUCGCCGCCUCCAGAGAGCUCCCAGACGUCGUUCCAGACGUCCCCUCCCAAGCGCCACGAAUCGCCUUCGGAAGUGACGCCUCUGCCUCCCCCAUCCGCCAACGCCUUUCGUCGCGGCCACAAGAAGGCCUCGUCCCUGGCUCCCGUGAAUGCCGCUCUGGCUGCUGCCAGCGCCGUCGGCGAGGCUCCCAAGUCGUCGGCGGCCAAGACGGCUGCUUCUUUCCCUCUCACGCCCCUGACGGGGGGUUACGGUCCCGGCCAGGCUCGUGCUGGUGAGCACCCGGUUCGACAGCCACGCGGGCCCCCCUCGCUAGACGAGCUCAAGUCCAAGCCCACCGCCAGACACGAGGGCAGCAAGAACUUUGCCGCUCGCACACGUCGCUCUGCCGUGUACAACCUCGUCCGGGCCGGCUUGGAACGCCGCAAGGGAACGUGCAGCUCUACCGGGAGCAUGAGCCCUGUUUCCGAGACGGCCGAGGAGUCUGGGUCGCCCGUGACGGACAAUGACUCGGACUCUGGUCGGAGCGGCUCGGGAAGCCUGGUGGGGGAAGAAGAGUGUAGCAGCUCGAGGACGUCGGCUAGCGGCAGCUGGGGGGCCAUUGGCUCCGACCGGCCGAGUUCGCGACAAAAGGCACGCUGCAGCGUCGACAGCACUGGUUGCACGUCUGCCGGGGAGGUUGAAAGCAGUUCGUUUGCCAAUGCCUUCAAAAAUGGGGCUAUCCGGACUGCAAAGGCCCAGGAGCUUGCCGACUCGCAACGCAAGGCCCCAAGGCUGGUGCUAACCAGCAUCGAGAAGCGAAGGGCUGCUCCUAUCGUUUGA